UCUAAUUACACUACUCGCACUUGCACUCUCUGAUUAGGCUCCAAUCCAUGUACACACUCACCUGAAAGGUUUCAUCAUUCUCAGCAGCCACACUUUUUCCCCCUUUAUACAAAGUUCACACCUUUAUUUAUUUUUCUUUUUGUCUUUAAUUUUCUUUCUGCUGUUGUUCUUGUUGUUUCUCCAUCACUGCCUCGAUUCAGGAACUGGGUCAUCAUCCUCUGACCUCUGAUUGUGAAUAAAACCACUUUGACUUUUAAAGCAAGGACAGGUAUACAUUCACCAUGGAUUCACCACAUUCUGUUGUGUCACCAUUCAAGAGCUUGGUCUUGAAUGAGGGUACUGAGAAGCACAAGCAUGAUGAUGUAUUUGAGGUGAAUGGAAAAGAGGCUGUGAUGUCAAAUGGGGAUGAAGAUUCAAUUGGCAUGCUUGAUGUAUAUAUACACCAAGCUAGGGACAUUCAGAACAUCUGCAUAUACCAUAAGCAAGAUGUUUAUGCCAAGAUUUGCCUCACUUCUAACCCUGAUGACACUGUUUCCACCAAGACCAUCAAUGGUGGAGGAAGGAACCCAGUGUUCAAUGAGAAUCUAAGGGUUAGUGUUAGGACUAUUGAUUCCUCACUCAAAUGUGAGAUUUGGAUGCUUAGCAGGGUCAAGAAUUACCUUGAGGACCAGUUGCUUGGUUUUGCUUUGGUGCCUUUGUCUGAGGUACUGCUAAUUCAGGAUGGGAAAUUGGAGAAAGAGUUCUCUCUUUCUUCAACUGAUUUGUUCCAUUCUCCGGCCGGUUUUGUUCAGUUGUCGCUUUCUUACACUGGUGCUUCGCCAGAUGUUAUGGCGAUUUCUACAAUUCCUAAGGAGGUUGGAGCGCAGGACUCCGAGACGGGUGAGUCGCUGACGAGGGAUUUGGAAAAGAUUGAGUUCCCUGAUCCGAAGAUUGUGAAUGAAGAUCACUUGAUGGCGUCGGAGUAUUUCGGCAUUCCCUGUGAGGAGACUCAGUGCUCUGCUGAUAGCUUGGCAACUUCUGAUGGUGAGAAUCAGAGCUCUGAAGCGGGCGUUCGCCUCGUGGAAAGCUUCUCUGCUUGCAGUGUUGAGUCUGUUCAGCUUCCUCCCAAGGUUGAUUCCCCACCCAGCAGUGUGUCAACAAAUGGUGUCACCUCUCCUGUGCCUGCAAGCUCAGAAUCAUCUGAAGCUGCUGCUGCUAAUUCCAAGUCUCCCGGUCAGGAACAAAUUUCCAGCACCAAAGAUGCUAAAAAUGUGGAUGCUAUAGAUGGUGAGAGUGAUUCCUCAAAUGGGGUUCUUCCAAGUGUGUCAUUCCCUAAGCCUGUUGUUACUGUGAACCUUGUCCCAGAACCGAAUUUGGUGCAGCAGGAUAUAGUAGACAUGUACAACAAAAGCAUGCAGCAAUUUACUGAGUCAUUGGCCAAAAUGAAGCUUCCUAUGGACAUAAAAACUGAGGCAACUAGUUCAGGGAAUUCGAGCACUGAGGAGAAGACACCGAAGAGUAACAACUCGCGCGUAUUUUAUGGUAGCAGGGCUUUCUUCUGAACUUUUGUUUCAAUGGUUCAAAUUCAAUGGAAUACAAGGCAAGGUGAUUGUAGAUUCUAGAACAAGAACUUAUGUUGUAAUAAUGUGUACUAUCCAGUGUGGUUUCUCCUUCUGUGUACUUCUUCAGAAUGUUGUAGGUUAUAGUGAAUUAUAACUAUGUACUCUCUCUCACAAGCUUGUUAUCUUAACUUCUAUGUGAACUUUUUCUUUUCUUUUC